AUGCUCCCGAAGCGGCGCCGAGCGCGGGGCGCGUGCCCCGGCGGUACAGCCGCCGCCUCCGCGCCGGCCUCCGUGCGUUUCCCCGAUGUCGUCAUUUAUCUGGUCGAGCCGCGCAUGGGUCGCAGUCGCCGGGCCUUCCUCACACGCCUGGCGCUGUCGAAAGGUUUCCGGGUCCUGGAUGCCUGCAGCUCGGAGGUGACCCACGUGGUGAUGGAGCAGACUUCAGCCGAGGAGGCCAAGGGCUGGCAGGAGUGCAGGGCAGCGGCUGUGCCCCCAGGCUGCCCCCGCCCAGCUCUGCUGGACAUCGGUUGGUUCACCGAGAGCAUGGCCGCAGGGCGGCCCGUCCCCGUGGAGCCCAGGCACCGCCUGGAGGUGGCCGAGCCCGAGGAAGAGCCCCCAAGGCUGGGGCGGGUGCCCGCCUAUGCCUGCCAGCGGCCCACACCCCUCCCUCACCACAACACCGCCCUCUCGGAGGCCCUGGAGACGCUGGCGGAAGCAGCCGGCUUCGAAGGCAGCGAGGGCCGCCUCCUGUCUUUCCGCAGAGCGGCCUCGGUGCUCCGGGCCCUGCCCUGCCCCGUCACGGCGCCGAGCCAGCUGCAGGGGCUGCCCCACUUCGGAGAACAUUCCUCCAGGGUGGUCCAGGAGCUGCUGGAGCUCGGGGUGUGUGAGGAGGUGGAGCGGGUGCGGAGCUCAGAGAGGUUCCGGACCAUGAAGCUCUUCACCCAGAUCUUUGGGGUAGGGGUGAGGACUGCUGACCGCUGGUACCAGGAGGGCUUGCGCACCUUGGACGACCUCCACCAGCAGCCACGGAGACUGACCUCACAGCAGAGAGCAGGGCUCCAGUACCACCAGGACCUGUGCACCCCAGUCCAGCGGCCAGAGGCUGAGGCCCUACAGCACCUGGUGGAGGCCGCUGUGGGGCAGGCGCUGCCGGGGGCCACCGUCACGCUGACCGGUGGCUUCCGCAGGGGCAAGCUGCUGGGCCACGAUGUGGACUUCCUCAUCUCUCACCCCAAGGAGGGCCAGGAGGCCGGGCUGCUGCCCAGAGUGAUGCACCACCUGCAGAAUCAGGGCCUGGUCCUGUACCACCACCACCAGCCCAGCUGCUUUGGGGCCCCCGAGCAGCUGGCCCGGCACAGCCGCUCCAUGGAUGCCUUUGAGAGGAGUCUGUGCAUCUUCCGCCUGCUGCAGCCCCCCAGAGCUGCCGUGGGGGGGCCCGCGAGGGCUGGCCCAGCCUGGAAGGCCGUGAGGGUGGACCUGGUGGUCGCCCCCAGCAGCCAGUUCCCUUUUGCUCUGCUGGGCUGGACUGGCUCCGAGCUGUUUGAGCGGGAGCUGCGCCGUUUCAGCAGGAAGGAGAAGGGGCUGUGGCUCAGCAGCCACGGGCUGUUUGACCCGGAGCAGGGGGCCUUCGUCCCCGCAGCCUCUGAGGAAGACAUCUUCCGCCGCCUGGGCCUCCAGUACCUCCCCCCGGAGCAGAGGAACGCCUGAGCCUACCCUGGGAAGCUGAGCUGCCACACUACCACGGGGCUCGCGGUGGCCCGAGCCCUCCCUGGCUGCUGUGGGUGACGGCACAGAGCUGGCCGCAUCGCCGUGUGGCCCUGUCCUGGCCAGGGACCCGGUGGAGCCGCUGGUGCACUGUGAGCGUCUGGGGAGGGGGCAGCCGGGG